UAAUUUGAAUAUAGCUUCCGUUGCUUCAAUGUGUAACGGGUUGCUCCAAAGUGUUCAAGAAUGAAUAAAUUAGUUAAAUAACAGUAAAAAUAGCACUUUUCAAGUGUGAAAACAGCAGUCAGCGCGGUGCUAAAGCGCGUCCCCGAGAACUGCGCGCAACAGAUGUCGGUUCGGCGGAGAGGAGGAGAGAGGGCGCCAAGUAAAGAACCGCGGAUGUGUUUCUGACUUUAUCUGCUUCUAAUCGCAACAACAGGCCUCACCUUUACACGUAUGAGUGACUCGACCUGUCGAGAGGGAACUUCAAGUUGUCAGGACGAAGACAAAGGCUGAAAACAUGGAGGCAGACAGUGUGAGAAUAUGGCCACGCAUGGAGCCCUUCUUAAUGGGUGCCCUGCAGGUGGCUCCCCCCUCCAAGCUCAGCCUGCACUAUCUUCGCAAGAUGGCGAUCUAUGUGCGAACACGGGAUGGCUGCUUCCCCAUUUUGGGCUGGCCCAUGUGGAGGCAUAUUGCCUGUGGAAAGCUACAGCUUCCAGAAGACCUCGCGUGGCUCUACUUUGAGACCUUUGACCUCCUUAUAGGCCACACUCCAGAGGAGAGGCUAGAGUGGGCAGAGUGUCUUUCUCAGUGCUCUUCCAAAAGUGAGCUGGACGAACAAAGGAACAAGUUGUCUGUGAACACACUGCAGUUCCUCCUCUUCCUCUACAUCCAGCAGCUGAACCGUGUUUCCCUUCGCAACUCUCUAAUCGGUGAAGAGUGGCCCAGUCAUCGAACUCGCUCGCCCUCUCCAUCAGACCGAGAAGCAAAGACUAGCUCUCAGAACAAGAACUGGGAUGAUCAGGCCCAACUGUCAUUUGUGCAAAUCCAUCUAGCUGAGAUUCUGGAGCUGCUGGUGGAGCCGGGACAACUUUCACAAUCUGGACAAGCCCUUAGAGAUUGCCAGAUAUCCUUGGAGGCUGUGCGGAGCUUGGGCCUGCUCUUGGAGGGCUUGGUUUGCCAUGGCAGAGCUGUUCAGCCUGUCCACAGGCUGUUGACCAAAGGUCCACUCCAGACACAAGCUGGCUACUCCACACUCAGCCGCUCCUUCCCCCUGCACAAGCUGCUCUCGUGUCUCCAGCACUGCCUCACACUUAACCCCUUUGGGAUGUCUGCCUGUCUGCGCUCAGGCAAGAAACUCGCCUGGGCUCAACAAGUGGAGGGCUCGAUGAAGAGAGCCAAAAUAGCAAGAAACACCCACAUGGCUCCACCUGGCAGUAAGAUGGUGCUGAUGUCGCAAGUCUUCAAACAGACCCUGGCUAAAACCUCAGACAAGCUGACCGGUGCCAACAUCAAAAUCCACAGAUGCUCAGAUGCCUUCAUAUACCUUCUCUCGCCUCUCAGAUCAGUCAGUGUGGACAAAUGCCGCGACAGCACAGUGGUUCUUGGUCCUGUCGAGACCAGCGUCCACAUCCACAGCUGCCAGAACCUGCGUGUGGUGUGUGUGGCCGGCAGGAUCGCUAUCGGAGCCUCCUUGUGUUGCACAAUCCACGCUUUGACACCCACCCGCCCUUUGCUCCUACCUGGAAACACAGACAUUACACUGGGGCCUUUCCACACUUUCUACCCCUCCCUGGAGGAUCAUAUGGCCAGUGUGGGGCUGGCCGUAGUCCCCAAUGCCUGGGAUCGACCCUUGUUUCUGGGGACUGAGGGCAUUGUAAACCCCUCACUCAAUGCAUCAUCCAACCCAGACCCUGCCUGCUACCGCCUGCUGCCCCCGGCUGAGUUUCACACACUUGUGGUGCCUUUCGAGAUGGAGGGCGACACAUGUGAGGUGCCAGGGGGAUUGCCCCCUCCAUAUCAGGCAGCACUUGAUGAAAAGCAGAAGAGGAUACAAAACUGGCAGAAGACUGUGAUGGAGGCCCGGCUGAACAAAGAGCAGAAGCGGCAGUUCCAGGAGUUGGUGGAGGUCAAGUUCCACGAGUGGCUUCUGGAGAAGGGGCACAGGCAGGAACUUGACAGCCUUAUCCCACCCACCAUAGCCUCUUUAAAGGACUCCGACGGGCCUGCAACAGACACGCUUCGAGAUAAUGAUGCCAAACAUAUAAGGACUGGACGGGCAGUGGGACAGUCACCUAUGGCUUGUUGAAUUGUUGGGUUAGUCUUGUUUGGGUCUUAACCAGCAGGAUAAAUGUACCUGGAAAUAAAGGUAGCACAAAAAUAUGCACAGACAGGCUACAUAUGGUCUGACAUUUGGAGUAUGCUAACUGAAAGUGUUAUUGGACAGUUUGUGGUUGUUUACACCUUACUCUGAGAGUCUCUGAUCCAGCUUUUACAGCAACUUUACUCAUUCUUGAGUGGAAGGCUUGUAUGGGCUGCUUUACAGUUCCUUCUUAAGACAAGGCAGCUAAGCCCUUAACACAUCAAAGCCAAGUAGGGAGUGGGCUGGCAUGUUGUAAAACAACAUUGUUAGCUAUAGACUUUAAAAAAAAAUACACAGGUUAAGGAUCUGUUAUGUCACUUCAGGCGCUUGAAGGGACAGUUUAAACCUUAGAUUUGGGUUUACUGCUGAAGGGUCAUCUUUUCGGAGACAGAAAAUCUAACUUUGGUCAAAAAAAGUAGGUGCAGCUAAAGAGGGACAAUGACCAGACCAGUCAGUCAUGCAGAAAUGACCUAAAAUGUGUUCUCAAAGCAUUAAUAGCUCUUUAAUGCAAUUAUUCUCAGAAUCUGCAUUAAUAUACAGUUUGAGAACUGAAAUCCACUUAUUACCCUGUUUUCUUAAACUGAAAGCACUUGUGAUUGGUAUGAACACUCAUAGCAGCAGUGGUGGUUGCUGCUUUGUUCCUGGAGAACUGCUGUGAACACUUUGGGUCUCUUUCGUACAGCCUGGAGUGAUUCUCACCAUUUCUUCCCAAACUGUGCCCAUGUAUGUAAACUACAUGCUGUUUUCUGUAAAAAGAAAAGAAAACGUUAAGGGAAGUUGACACACGUGUAUUCAAAGAUGGCGAAAGCUAAAUACAUUUUGCACUUUGGAUAGUAAGGAUGUGUUAGGGCUCUUACAGUUACUCACUCAGGUCAUAGUAUUUUUUUGUGUUAUUAGAAUAUAACAAAUAGCAAUCAAGCAUUUCCUGUUGUGGGGGAAAGAGAGAAUAUAACAAGUUAUUGUAGGUAUGCGAUUUCACCGUCCAGACUUAUUAACACAUUUUAUGUACAGAGAGGGUAUGUCAAUACCUGUAGCUACAUUGCUCUACAGAGGCUGAACCUUUCAAGCAUGUUGAAUUUCUCGCCACACUUAUUCACAUGGUAGGGGUUUUCACAGGAUGUCAAAGGGAAAUAUUUGCUAUGACAUUGGUGACUGCUCUGUGCCGAACAUAUACAACAUGAACGUGCAGCAGCAAAUGCUCUGUUCUGUGAUUAAACAAGGACUUAACUGUUAAUUUCCAAAGUACAACCGAAAUAGUUGAUUUACUGAUGUGCCAAAUGAGGCUACAUUUCAAAAAUAUUUAAUCGUGUAUGUUUAUUUUUCUAUUACAUCACCUGUAUGAAUAUGUAUAUUUUAGCAUGAUAGUAAGAUUAUUUUUCAUAAAUCUACCCUGCCUCUGCACUAUUUUUGGCAUUCAUUACAUCAGCCCAUUAGCUUCCUGUGUCAUUACAGCAUGCUAGAUUUUGAGUUUAAACAGAUUACACAUAAAAAUACAAUAAAACUUCUGCAUAUGUAAACAGGCCAGUAUUUCACUUAGUUAUGGGAAUUUACAGGAAUAUGGAUUUGAUUAAAAAAAAAAAAAGGUACUGUUAAAAUGCUGCUACACACUGGAGAAGACUACUGUAAAAGAUUUCAAAAUGCUGGUAUAUGUCUCUUCAUUUUCACGAUUAUAGUGAUUAGCUGUACGAUGCCUUGCGGCUGUUGCAUAGUCAGAAAACGUACCCUUUGAUUUGAACACACACACCUCUAUGCAGUUACUAUAUGAAGAGCACAAAAUAGUUUACGAUUGUUAAAAAAUUUAAAUGAAUAAAAGUUUUGAAUAAAACCA